AUGUCCAUCGCAGCCAGCAUGCUUCGCGCCAUGCGACCGGUCGCUCGUCCAAUGAUGCGCCCGGCAGCACCGGCAAGGCUGCUUCAGCCUGUCCAAUGCAUCCGCCAGUCGUCGCACUCUCCCCUCGGCAGCUCGUCGUCGCCCGCGCGCAAGAAGGUCACGCUACCAACAAUCAUGUCGCUGUACCGCAAGAACGACCCCAUCACCGUCAUUACCGCCCACGACUUUCCCUCUGCACAUGUCGCCGACCAGGCGGGCAUUGACAUAGUCCUAGUCGGCGACUCGUUGGCCAUGGUUGCCCUGGGCAUGGACGACACAAGCGAGGUCCUCAUGGAAGAGAUGCUCUUGCACUGCCGUAGCGUAGCCAGGGGCGCCAAAUCUGCCUUCAUCGUAUGCGUCCCUUCCUCUUAUCUUCUGCUCCUUCCAUUGACUAACCACGAACAGGUCGGCGACCUCCCCAUGGGCACCUACGAAAUCUCACCUGACCAAGCCCUCCAAUCCGCAAUCACCAUGGUCAAGACUGGCCGCGUCCACUCNAUCAAACUCGAAGGCGGCGCCGAAAUGGCCCCCACAAUCAAAAAGAUCACCUCCGCCGGUAUCCCCGUCCUCGCCCAUGUCGGUCUGACACCACAGCGCCAAAACUCGCUCGGUGGCUUCAGAGUCCAGGGAAAGACAACAGCAAGCGCAAUCAAAUUGCUGCAAGAUGCAUUGGCUGUACAAGAGGCGGGUGCGUUUGCUAUGGUCGUUGAGGCAGUACCAGCCGAGAUUGCAACGCUGGUGACGAAGAAGCUGCGUGUACCUACCAUUGGUAUUGGCGCUGGAAACGGUUGCUCAGGACAAGUGCUGGUGCAAGUCGAUAUGCUGGGCAACUUUCCUCCUGGCCGCUUCCUGCCAAAGUUCGUCAAGAAGUACGGAGACGUGUGGGGUGAAGCUUCGAGAGCGAUUCAACAGUACAGAGAAGAGGUUAAGAGCCGAGCAUAUCCUGCUGUUGAGCACACAUAUGGCAUGCCUCAGGCAGAGCUUGCCGAGUUUAUGAAGUUGGUGGGCGAGGAAAAGGAGGAGACUGAGGUGUAG